CAGCCAGCAAUGGACAUGAGCGGCUCAUCUUCCUCUUCAACGUCAUCGCACGAGCACUCGGCGGCGACGUCGUGGGCGCCGCCGCCCAAGCGUCCCGCGGGGCGCACCAAGUUCAAGGAGACGCGGCACCCGGUGUACCGCGGCGUGCGGCGCCGCGGCAGCGCCGGCCGGUGGGUCUGCGAGGUGCGCGUCCCCGGCGGCAAGCGCGGCGAGCGGCUCUGGCUCGGCACGCACGCCACCGCCGAGGCCGCCGCGCGCGCGCACGACGCCGGCAUGCUCGCGCUGCUCGGCGGCCGCCCCGUGUCCGUCUCCGCCUCCGCCGCGCGCCUCAACUUCGCGGACUCCGCGUGGCUCCUCGCCGUCCCGUCCGCGCUCGCCGACCUCGCCGACGUCCGGCGCGCGGCGCUCGCCGCCGUCGCGGACUUGCAGCGCAGGGAGGCCGCCGAUUGCGUCGCGACCGUCCCCAUUUACGAGGCCGACGCCUCUAGCGCGUCGGAAUCCUCGUCCGCGGAAGACGCCGGCUCGUCGGCCACGUCCCUGUCUUCUGAGCUGGAUGGAUUAUUCGAGGUGCCGGCAGCUGCAGCACUUGGCAUGGGAAAUGACAUGUUCGACUUUGAGCUCGGCAUGUCCGGGGAGAUGGACCUCGGAUCGUACUACGCGGACCUCGCGGAGGGGAUGCUCCUCGAGCCGCCGCCGGCGGCAGAAUUCACCGAGGAGUGCUGGGAGGACAGCGGAGCUGAUUACGCCGCGCUCUGGAGCUACUGAUGAAACUGAAACACCCGGCGGACCCUGCUCCGUGAAACCACAUGGAACGAACUGAGCCUGCUCCUGCUUCCAGCCAGCAUAGGAGCAAAAUCUGUGGAAAUCUGAACUGAGCUCGUCAAAGUACAUGACACCAACCAAGAGAAGAAACACGAGAGGAAGGACGCUGCUGCUCCCUGUCAAUCGGUUUCAGAUUUUUCAGACAGAUCGCAAAAAGAUUGCGUCAGAAAAGGGUAAUUAAAAAAAGAUUGUCCAAGUAAUCUAAUCCAGAUUCCAGAAGAUG